AUGGCAAGUCGAAUAAACAGCACCUUCAGUUCGUCUGAGGAAUGGCAGCAAGCAUUGCAAGCUUUAAACUCGCCUCCUCAAUCCAGACCCAUGUCAUUCAGCUCCACUCCGGAGUAUGUGUUCCAAAACGCUGAGCGGUACACCUUGGGACGCGCUGUCAAGGACAUGGCCCGCACUUUCCGACACCAUCACGACACGUCUUUAGAAAAGCUGCGCACCUCGCCUUUUCUCAUGUUCCUCAGGGUUUGGCACACCUAUGGCAUUUGGGUUGGUGCAUGUGUGUAUUUUACUAUCUCGGCAAACUUGAUGCUGGCGUGGUACAUCGACUGGUAUCGGACCAGCAGCACGUAUGGCCUUGAGUCGCGCGGUGCUUCGGAAAUCCUGCACUUCCCCCUAGCGCCUUUCUUCGCCAUCUUUUGUCGAUCUUGGUUGCUGGUGUGCCUAGUGGGAGAGCUGCUCCGCUUCUGCUACCUUUUGGCAGCAGAUGCAUGGGAGGAAGACGCGUUUGUUACUUACAGACGCGUGGUUUGUGGCGAUUUCCAGCGCGACCUGCAAGACGAUCCAGAAAAAGGGCCUCUUCGUUCAAGGCGGUGGUCUUCCGAGAUGUUGAGAUCUCCAGGAUGCCGUUUUCUCGACAUUCUGCUUCAGAGCUCAAUCUACCUCGCGUUGGACGUGGUCCCGUUGGUGUGCUUUCUUGCAUCGUACAUUGAGAAGCAGAGCUUCGCGAAUGCGUCGGUGGCAGCGUCUGCUGGGCUUACUGGUGGAAGCUGUAUCCAUGUGUUUCUCUUCUUCCUCGCCAUGUGGGUCACUGAUGUCGUCACUAAAUAUCGUGCCUUUCUAGCGGCAUAUCGUGGCGAAGCUCGACUGGCUCCCUGUGAGUAUCCAGGAGAGUCAUUGCAGAACUUUCAAUGGGCGGGCGAGUUUGGCGACAGGCAUUUGGCCAACCUGGAAGCUGCUCGAUGUGUUUCCUUCGUUGAGGACUCCCAAGAUGGCCCUCCCGACCGCUGCUUCACGCCUCGCAGCGGAGGUGGCGGAGGUGGCGGAGGUGGCGGAGUGUCACUGGGUGACAGACCCGACCAGAGUGCGGCUUCUCUUGGUACCACGUCGGAUGUUGCUAGAAGGUCCGGUGGAUCGCUUCAGCUCAUGUCCCAGGCCGUGUCCCCGGGAGCCUUCGGUGUGCAGGAGUCCAGCAGAGGCUCCGUGUGGAUUCCGCCCAGGUCGGAGAUGCUGAUGGCCCCGCCCCAGGGUGGAGAGACGGCGAGGUCCUUCGACGGAGUCUCGAGGGCCGACCAGUUGAACCUGUGCGUGCCAUUGUGCGCGUGCUUCGGGGCAACUUUGGCCCUUUGUCUUCCGCACCUGCUCUGGGCGACAGUUGUGAUUGUUGGUUGGCAGGUGAGCAACUGGGCGUUGGUUGUGGCCGGAUUUGCUCUCAUGGUAGUGAUCGUAUGUCGUGGAUUCUGCACUUCAGGUGGCCCACCCACUGCCGAACGACCAUGCUUUCCUGGUGCCGGGUCUUGGGAGCUCUGGGCGUUGCAGGCCUGGGGUGAGCAUCACUGUGGGCUGAAGUACGAGGAUCAGCUGUCGAGCAGCAUAACCUUUUCGGUCGUGGUCCUCCUUCAGGGUGUCCUCUUUGCCGCGCUGGGCCAGUGGAUAGGCAUGGUGGUAUGCCUCGGUGUAGUGGUCCUCACCUUCCUGCGGCAUCAGAUGGCCUACCGGGAGCGGCCGUGGGGAUGGCUGCUAGGACUGUUGCUGGGAUUUGGGCAUGCAGCCCUGGCUACGGCCCUGAACGCAGGGUUGGGUCAGCGCUGGGGAGUCAUGACCUUCAUCUUUGCGCUUUCCCACCAGCCCUUUAGUUGA